GUCAUGUUCUGUGGCUGUCAUGGCAAUGAUAGUCAUGAGGUCUAAGGGAAGGCACUAGUGAGGAAUUCUAGCACAAGAAAUAUCUUUCAACGGACCCAUCUCUUAUUAAAAAUUGAAUCUAGAAACGUUCAUGAAGUAAUCAUUUCCAAAACUGACUUCUUUUGGGAAGUCACAGCUCAUUCUGUUAGAUGGGUGCCUGGAAUGGGAGUCAAAGACAUCUUUGACUAUCCUGACGCAUACCAGAAAAGAACUUUGCCCAAAUCUGGAUCUUUGGUCACAUUGGAUGAAAAUCCCUGCAUUGUCCUGGUAUUGAACUCCAGCUGAAGGUAGUCAUGGCAUCUUAUAAGAACCUACAGAGACCUGACGAUGAGGCUGUUGUGGAUCUGGGAGGCACCAGCAAUGUUGUCAAUAUUCACUAUGAACCAGAAGAAUUGGAAGGACACAGAACUCUGUAUGUUGGAGUGCGGAUGCCUUUGGUGAGACAAGCCCACAGACAUCACAGAAACCAUGGCCAGAAACAUCGGAAGCGAGAUCGGGUGAAGGAAAGUGUUUCAGAAGAUCAGGAGUCCCAUGAUACUCCAUCUCAGCGAGUUCAGUUUAUCCUUGGCAUGGAGGAAGACGAGGAGCAUGUCCCCCAUGACUUGUUCACAGAGAUGGAUGAAAUUUGUGUGAAAGAGGGUGAGGAAUCAGAGUGGAAGGAAACAGCAAGGUGGCUGAAGUUUGAAGAAGAUGUGGAGCAUGGUGGAGAGCGCUGGAGUAAACCCUACGUGGCCACUCUCUCAUUGCAUAGCCUUUUCGAGCUGAGGAGCUGUAUCAUCAAUGGGAUCGUCCUUCUGGAUAUGUGUGCAAACACCAUAGAAGACAUUGCAGAUAUGAUUCUAGAUCAACAAGAAACUUCAAGUGAGUUUGAUGAAGCCACUCGUAAAAAAGUCUGGGAUAUUCUCCUGAAAAACCAUCAUCAUCAGAACGAGAAGAAGAAAGGCAGCAUCCUCCCUAUUGUCCGCUCUUUUGCUGAUGUUGCCCAGAAAAAAGCUGAACCUCAGCCAUCGGAAAAGCCAGGGAUGAACUUACUGACUCUCCCGCCUGCUUUAACUUCAACUUCCACCUCUUCAGACGUGAGAAAUGGAUUGACACAUGAGACUACUCCAACUGACUUGAGCAAGGCAGAACUCCAUUUUAUGAAAAAGAUCCCAGUUGGAGCUGAAGCCUCAAACGUUUUAGUAGGAGAAGUAGAUUUUCUCACUCGGCCCCUUGUUGCCUUUGUGCGCUUAUCACCAGCUGUACUUCUUCCGGGCAUGACUGAAGUCCCACUCCCUACCAGGUUCUUCUUUCUCCUACUUGGUCCAAUAGGGAAAGGAAAGCAAUACCAUGAGAUUGGGAGAUCCAUGGCUACUCUCAUGACUGAUGAGAUUUUCCAUGAUGUUGCUUACAAAGCCAAAGACCGUAGCGACCUGCUAGCUGGGUUUGAUGAAUUUCUAGACCAGGUGACAGUGCUACCGCCUGGAGAAUGGGACCCAUCAAUUAGAAUAGAGCCACCCAAAAACCUCCCUUCUCAGGAAAAGAGAAAGAUGCCAGGACCACCAGGGGUCCCUAAUGGAAGUGUUUGCCAUGAGGAAACAGAAGAUGACCGAGGGCCAGAGCUCCAGAGAACGGGAAGGCUCUUUGGUGGCCUGAUCUUGGAUGUGAAACGGAAAAUUCCUUGGUAUUGGAGCGACUUUAAAGAUGGUUUGAGUUUCCAGUGCUUAGCCUCCUUCCUCUUCCUGUACUGUGCCAGCAUGUCACCUGUGAUUACCUUUGGGGGGUUGCUUGGAGAAGCAACAGACGGACAAAUAAGUGCAAUAGAAUCCUUGCUUGGAGCCUCAUUGACUGGAGUGGUGUAUUCACUCUUUGCUGGUCAGCCCCUCACCAUCUUGGGAAGCACUGGGCCUGUGCUGGUCUUUGAGAAAAUUUUGUUCACGUUUUGCAAAGACUAUGGCUUUUCUUAUCUGUCCUUACGAUCAUGCAUCGGCCUGUGGACUGCUUUCCUGUGCGUUGUGCUUGUGGCAACUGAUGCCAGUUCCCUUGUCUGCUACAUCACCCGGUUUACAGAAGAAGCUUUUGCCUCUUUGAUCUGCCUCAUUUUCAUCGUCGAAUCUUUAGAGAAAUUGCUCAAACUGGGAAGGAAAUACCCAGUUCACAUGAACAGCGAUCUUGACCAACUCACAUUGUAUAACUGUAGAUGUUCAGCCCCACAGAAGCCCAAUGUUGAAACCUUGGACUACUGGAAUAGCCAUAACAUCACUUCCUCAACAGUUCCGUGGCCUAAUCUCACUGUUUCUCAAUGUCAUGAGAUGCAUGGAGAAUUCACUGGCUCUGCAUGUGCCGCUGAUGGCCCCUUUACACCCAAUGUUCUUUUCUGGUGCACUAUCUUGUUCUUUGCUACCUUCAUCCUGUCCAGCCUCCUGAAGCAGUUUAAGUCUAGUAAUUACUUCCCAACAAAAGUACGUUCCAUUGUUGGUGACUUUGCUAUUUUCAUUACCAUCGUUAUCAUGGUGUUGAUUGACUACUUAGUUGGAAUCCCAUCACCGAAGCUAAACGUCCCCAACUCCUUCCAGGAGUGGAAGGGGACAGGAAUCCCUGCAGACUUGGAGGACGAGGAUUAUGAUUAUUCCGCUGUAGGAGAUAUAGUAUUGAAAUCUCCAAAUGCUGUAGGGAAACAGCUGACGUCAGAAAAGGUCAAGCAGCCAACAAAUGACGACCGUGGUUGGGUCAUUAGUCCUUUAGGGCCCAACCCUUGGUGGACAAUGGUUGCGUCUAUUAUCCCAGCUUUGCUCUGCACCAUACUGAUAUUUAUGGACCAGCAGAUUACUGCAGUUAUUGUGAACAGGAAAGAGCAUAAACUCAAGAAAGGCUGUGGCUACCACUUGGACCUUCUCAUGGUGGGCAUCAUGCUUGGUGUGUGUUCGGUCAUGGGUUUGCCAUGGUUUGUUGCUGCCACUGUCCUUUCUAUCAGUCACGUGAACAGUCUCAAAGAGGAGUCUACCAUUGCAGCUCCUGGGGAGCAACCCAAAUUCCUGGGCAUACGGGAACAGAGGGCAACUGGACUCUUGAUCUUUGUACUAAUGGGCCUCUCGGUUUUCAUCACCAGUGUAUUAAAGUUUAUACCCAUGCCUGUUCUCUAUGGAGUGUUCCUGUAUAUGGGUGCUUCUUCUCUGAGAGGAAUUCAGUUCUUUGAUCGCUUGAAGCUCAUUGGAAUGCCAACCAAACACCAACCGGAUUUUAUCUACCUGCGGCAUGUUCCCUUGAGGAAAGUGCACCUCUUCACAGCAAUCCAGUUGAUUUGCCUUAUCCUUCUCUGGGUCAUCAAGGCCUCCCCUGCUGCUGUUAUCUUUCCUAUGAUGAUUUUGGCUCUAGUCUUUGUCCGGAAGGUCAUGGAUUUUUGCUUUACCAAGCGGGAGCUCAGCUGGCUUGAUGACCUCAUGCCAGAGAGCAAGAAGAAAAGACUGGACGAUGAAAAAACGGCUGCUGAAGAAGAGAAUGCUGGGCAGAUGACAGAAGAUAACCAACAUACUGUAAUUGAAAUACCAGUGAUGAAAAACGGUUAUCCAACUACAUCAGGCAGUGAAGGAUCUACAACACAGAGUAUUUCACCAAAUAAAAUCAGACCUGAUCCUGCUGACAUCAACAUAUCUGAUGAAAUGCCUAAAACAACAGUGUGGAAAGCCCUCAGCAUGAACACUGAAAAGCUCUGAUUCCAAAAGGAAAAAGCUUUACCAUUCAGGUCUCUCGGCUUUUGACGAGGUGAAGCAGCACAUGAAGAUGACUCAGGGAAGAGCCAAUGUGUGCAGGCAAGGGAAGAAGGAUACUUUUGCAGUGGAGGAGUGAGCAAACAAAUAAAUUGCUCGGAUACUUAUUUCAUACAAGUAGCUGGGUUCAUAUUAAAGCCAUUCAGAAGUGUUUGAUUAUCCUUUGUGUGCUUUAGUGGGCAUUCUAACUAUUUACAGACCAGCAAAUCAAGACGCACAUGCAGUCAAUGACAGUUUUGUGUUAAAGCCAGUAUGUGUGUGUAGAUGUGUACACGUGUGGAUGCACACGUGUCCUGUGUUCUGGUUUCUUAGCUGUAGAGGGAUCACUGCCCUUGAAUACUUAUAUUUUUCUGACUGUAUGUCUAUUAACAGUUUAGACUUUGAAUGUAUGACAACAACAGCACUACAGCACAACAAUUUGGGGGUAGUAUUCUCCAUAUUUAUUUGUUAUUUCCAAGACUAGCUGUUCCGUAUGGGGUUUUAGCUGAAUUUUUGCACUGAUUUGUUUUAUAUAGUUAUCUCAGAAACAACUGAUAGGGGGCAUGACACAAUGUAAAUAUCUCCAAACAGGUGAAAGAAAUGUCUCUGUGCAUUUUUAUUUUCAUUUUUUUUCCUAAAAUCAAACUGCUUAUUGUUCCACUCCUUCUCAUACAUGUGUGAUUAAAUCAGAAUUCAUCAAAAUAGUUACAUGUUUCACUCAAAGUCUACUUAGAUGUGAGCCAACAUCCCGUUUCUUUCUUUGUUAAAUAUCUGUUCAUGAGGUAGGUUAAUCCAACCAAGACACUGACUUCACCAAAGUGAGUUAGCAAGGCAGGGAAGGGUGUAGGCUCAAAAGUUACAGAGACCACACAGUCUUGACCUGGAGCCAAAGAAGUGUGGGCUAAAAGUAUCUAUGCAGGGAGAUGAAUGCUUGGGGCGGAAACGAUGAGAAGAAUUAUGGUCUUGGAGGAGAGGAGAAAAAUGACAGGUUGCAAGAUGGAUCCCAUGGAGAUUCACCUGGAAGGAAAAACUUUUAGUACCUCAGUAUAUAGAAACCUUGUCAACAAAUUUUCUGUUCUCCUGAAAUCAAUAAAACCAAAGCCAACCUGUAUAUUAAACUAUUUGAUUCUCAACAUAUCUGUUUUCUAUCAUCAUUUAGAUUCUUUAAAAAUGUGAUCCUUGUGAUAAUUUUGAGAUUGAGAAAUAGUAUAUAAGUUAACUGGCAAAGGAUGCUAGGCCAUUUAAAUACCUAAAGCAUGGCUUGAAAAAGCUCGGGGUAGAACUUCAAGGAGAUAAACCAAUGUCUAUAAAAAGCAGCAGUUUGUUGUUUGGGCCCUAUGAAUCAUCCACCUGCACAAGUGAGAAGAGAAAGAGUUGCUGAAGUUAUAGGAAGGGAUCAUACAAUAAGACCUGCGGCACUGUGGGAGGAAGGAGGCAGUGCUUCCUAACUAGCCUGCAUGUCUCUAAGAGUGGUAUACGGUUCUGAUAGUCCUGCUGGUUAGGUUAUCUUUAUUUGGAGCCUUGGUUGCCUUCUUAAGACCUAGAGGAAUUAAGACAUUUGGAACAAUUUUGAAAGGGAGUGUGAACUACUGACUUUCCAGGGCUGGCCCGUUAUAAUGUCUCCUGAUCCCCAGUGCACUGCUGUGCACUCCACAUUUUGCCUUCUCUGAUUUUUCACACAAGUGAAUUAUCUGAGAUUUUUAAUCUCCAACCACUACUGGACAAGAAGGAGUUGGUAGGCUAAGACCCCAUCUAUACUGCCCUAUAUCCCAGGAUCUGAUAUCAGAUUAUCUGCUUUAAACUGGACGAGUCUCCACUGCCAGAUAACCUGGGAUAAGAAGCUAAUCUGGGAUCAGAUCCUGGGAUAUAGUGGCAGUGUGGAAGUGCUCUGGGACUAUUUUCCCAACUCAACUGCAAUGCCUUUUCUAGCAUGGUUUUCUAAAUGUGGUCCUUAAUUUCGUCCUGAAGGUUUGACAGAACUAGAUAUGUACUUGGAUACGUUUAAAUCCAGGGCAUCAAUUUUGGAGGACAUUUUUGAAACAAAACGUAGAGUAUCAGCAUUGCCAAGUUUGAAUUUGCUUAGCAGCCAUUCCUUUUCUCUAGGGAAUCCUGAUGUUUUAUGCCAUGAGAGGAUUAGUGGAGCCCAUUCAUGUCGGUGGGAGAUCGCUCCCACAUUUCUAGGAUCUUUUGCAUUCUCACCAAAGCACAGGAGGAAGCCAUAUUGGUUUAACUGGCUAAAAAUGGAUAAAGCUUGCAGGAUACAUAAACCAAAAAACCCUCCCUUCAUGAUAGUUUCACUUCAAGGCCAUAAUAUGUUGGUAAGAAGUUGAAGGUAUACAAUAAUAGACAUGCUCAUAGGAAAUAUUUGAAUAUUAUGACACGCCAAAAUUCAGGACAAUCCAGACUUGUCAAGGACGAACUGCAUAUUGGAGAAUCACAUGCAGUGGGAACCUCUAACGCAGUGGUUCUCAACCAGUGGUCCCCAGGUGUUUUGGUCUACAACUCCCAGAAAUCCCAGCCAGUUUACCAGCUGUUAGGAUUUCUGGGAGCUGAAGGCCAAAACGUCUGGGGACCCUAAGGUUGAGAACCCCUAUUCUAAAGAAAUCAUCGAUCUUUAGUCUAGUUUUUGUUUAUUAUGUUACCUGAGUUGGCAUUUUGACAUAUUUCUCUUCCAAUGAGGCAGAGAAUGAAGCCAUGGUUUCUUUUAGGUUUGCUGGAGGAGAAACAAAUCAGAAUACCAGCUUUUACUGGGUUCAGAUGUCAUAAUAAAUUACAGAUCAAGAGUCUAUGGCAGUGGCUCUCAACCUAUGGGUCCCCAGGUGUUUGGCUUACAACUCCCAGAAAUCCCAGCUAGUUUACCAGUUGUUAGGAUUUCUGGGAGUUGAAGGCCAAAACAUCUGGGGACCCAAAAGUUGAGAACCACUGGUCUAUGACUUGUUUAACUGCUUCCACUGAAAGUAAAGGCACUCACUCAGCAUGCACCAGUCUCUAAGCUGCUAGUGAAGUACAAGCCAGGCUAAAUCUAGUUCUGGUGCAAUGUUAAUGCCUAAAUGGGUUAGGUCCCAGGGUCCCCACAUCCAGUUUUUAAUAUACAGUUUCUCUAGAGUCCAUCAUCACUAAGCUCAAGCCUUGAGGCUGGCAAGCAUUCAUAGUAAUUUGUCUUCAGGCUUAAAAUGUGUCAGGAUUCCCCUUUAUCCCUAAAGGACAGUAAUGCAGUGGUUUGAGAGUUGGACUGGAUUCUGUGAGACUUGGUUUUACUGCUGCUUAGCCAUGGAAAUCCACUGUGUGGCUUAGGGACAGUGAAGGCAAUGGCAAGCCUCCUCUGAAAAAAAUCUUGCUGAGGAAACCCCAUGAUAGGCAUGCCCAUGAGUCAGAAAAUAUUUGAAGUGGUAUAAUCAUUGUGGGUGUGAAGGAGUGAGUGAGCUGGAACAGGCGUAUGUACCCCUUGGUCCUCUAGAGCAGCGUUUCUCAAACUCUACUCCUCCAGGUGGUUUGGACUUCAGCUCCCAGAAAUCCCAGCCAGUUUACAAGCAGUUAGGAAUUGUGGGAGCUUAAGUUCAAAACAUCAGGAAGAGCAGAAUUUGAGAACCACUGCUCUAGAGGUUGCCCAGCUUUGAGGGUCUGUUGGUUAGUGCAUAAAUGUUAGAAAUAUAUGUUAGAAUUGGUUGCCUGAAAUUACAUGAGAUGUAGUUUUUAAUGUUACACACAUAAUGGAUGGGGAUAUUCUCAGGUUGAUUAUAUAGUCACAGAACUACAUCAGCCUUUUUAUCUAAAGCUUAGCUUUAUAUAACCUUAUAGGCCACUCAACUGGUCUGACCCACUUGCUAUCCACGUUCGAUGGUGCUGCCCUAUCUCCUUCGCCCACCGUUAAGAGCCUGGGUGUCGUUUUAGAUUCGCAGCUGACAAUGGAAGCUCAGGUCGCUGCUGCCAGCAAACAGGCCUUUUUCCACCUACGACAAGCGAGGCAAUUGGCACCCUAUCUAUCUGAUGAGGCUCUGGCAACAGUCAUCCAUGCCACAGUCACAUCUAGGCUGGACUAUUGCAACGCCCUGUAUGUUGGGCUUCCGAUGUCCACGACCCGGAAGCUCCGUAUUGUUCAAAAUGCGGCAGCCAGGCUACUCACAAGAACACCCAUGAAAUGCCACAUAACACCAGUGCUGCAGCAUCUGCAUUGGCUUCCAACUGAUUACCGUGGUCUAUAUAAAAUGCUAGUCCUGACUUUUAAAACUCUUUACGGCCAGGGCCCAUCGUACCUUAGGGACCGUCUCUCCUUCUCCCAUCAUCGGAGGUCGCAACGACCAUCCCAACAAGAUUUACUUUAUGUACCGGGUCCUAGAGAAGUGCACUUGGAGAGGACCAGGCGCAGAGCUUUUUCUGUUUCUGCCCCUGCCUUGCCGCCCUAUAUGAGAGCCAUGAGUGAGUUAGGGCCUUUUACCCUAGCACUCAAGAAAUGGCUCUUUACUAGAGCUUUUAAUCUAUGUUAAUUUUAUCAGUAUUUGUAUGUAUGUAUUUUUAUCCUUUACAAUUUUAUCUUGUAAAUCGCCUAGAGCAUCGUGGAUGGAGGGCGAUUAAUAAGUAAUUAAAUAAUGAUGAUGAUGAUGAUAUUUUCUUAUGUGCAGUUCGUAUUGCACAAAAGCACAAUUAAGGCUUUUUGUUUUGUGUGAUUCCUUGGAAAGACUGAACCCCCCAGAUUGUUAUAACUUUAGACCUUUGCUUCAGCAUCUUCAUAGACAUUCAUAGUUUUGUUCCUUUGGUAUAUAUUUUGAGCCUUUUAUGCUACAAUGAUGUGAUUUAAAAUAAAGUCCAUAUUCCUGAAAUGAAAAAAGCACACAGUGUAGGUUUUUGCUGAAGCCAAGAAGUUUUAAAGCAUUACAGUCAUUUUAUUUUUUGUGUGCUUAUCCCAAGGUAUUAUGCUUUUGCGAAGUUUAUUCUUUUAAUUUCCCCCUAGUAACCUAGGAUUGUGCAAAGCAAUAACAUGACUUUUGUUCCUGGGUUAUAAAUGUUAUUUCCUAAUUGGUUCUAUCAUAAAAACUUGCAGAAAGUUUAUUAAACCUCCAAAACUUUGUUUUUGCAGGACAUCUUGCAGCAUAUUUUGCUAUAGAUUUUCAAUGAGUAUCUCAUCAAGUCUCAACCAAUUCCACAUAGUUUGUAGCAGCCAUAAAAAAGAAGUUUCUGAAGUAUAACAACUACUUUCAAAGUAAAUACUGCACAAUUAAACCGGAAAAAACUCUUUCAAACCAGGAACAGAUUUUUUUUCAAUUUUUGUUACAUAAUGUAAUCAAACUACAAUAUAGGUGCACAGGGGGGGUAAAAACUGAAUGGGAUUCUGCUUUGGUACCAUAGCAAUGGACAAGGCAGUGUGGUUCUAUAGAUCAGUUGCUGUGGAACAUGAACAUUGGUUAUGGAGGGUGGUGGGAAAAUCCUACUUUGGUUAUGUCUUGUUUAUGGGUUUCUCACAACUGAUUUACUACUAUGUGACCAGAAUUCUGAAGUAGUUAUGCCUGUUGUCUAAACUUAGGCAGUAAAUAGCAUGUUAAAUAUUGAUUAUUGUUUUUAAUGCUGUAUACCUUAAGAUAGUUUGGACCUAUGGGGGUUUUUUUCAUGUCAGGAGUGACUUGAGAAACUACAAAUCGUCUCUGGUAUGAGAGAAUUGGCCAUUUGCAAGGACGUUGCUCAGGUGACGGCCAGAUAUUUUGAUGUUAUGCCAUCCUGUGGGAGGCUCCUCUCAUGUCCCCACAUGGAGAGCUGGAGCUGACAGGGGGAGCUCACUCCUUUCCCCAGAUUCAAAUUGCCAACUUUUCAGUCAGCAGUUCAGCCAGCACAAGAGUUUAACCCAUUGAGCCACCGGGGGGUCCGGACUUAUGGUGACCCUAAGCAACUCUAUCCCAAGGGCUUUUUUUGGGCAAGUUUAAUUCAGAAGAGGUUUGCCAUUUUCUUCCUCUCAAGCUGAGACUAGAUGUCUAUAUUGAGUGAGUUUCAUGGCUGAAUUCUGAUCUUCAGAGUUGUAGUCCAGUGGUCAAACCACCACACCAAGUGGACUCUGCUUGAGUAUGAAUAGAUCCUGCUAGUAGUACUUACUGAUAGAACACUUCUUUCAACUAGGCAAAUAAAAGCUAAUUUCAGUUAACAGGUGUCACAUAUAUAUUUGCUUAUUUAUCUAUUUAUUUAGUUGCCAGUGACAGCUUUGGGUCACUGCUACAUUUCCUUUUGAAGUCAGUUGUACAGGUCAUUUAAACCAGUGCAACGUCCAAGAGAAUAUUGUUAGGAAUGGCACUUGGGUUUAGGCUUAACAGAACAGUAUUGGUCCAUGGACAUAGCUGUGCUUGCCAAGUGCCAGCAUUUAAAAGUGCAAUAUUUCAUUCCCUUCUCCCUGACUUUAACUUUGAAAUCCUCACAGCUUGACUUGCCUCCUAGAUGGAAGUAAAGCCAAAAAAAUUAGAGUACUCGUUGUAAUAUAUGCAUUCAUGUAAGCCACAGCUUUACUCUUGUGCUACAGAGCAGAACCAUCAGAAUAGUUUGCAAGGUCAUACCCAUUCCAUUCAUAAUCAUUAUUAAUUUUAUUUUUGUUUUCCUUUCAUUUCAGUAAUUUCCUUGUCGACAGUCUGUAAUUGUAAGAGCUGAGAUUUAACAAAGAUUUUUUUUUAAGCUGAAGAGGCUCCUCUUUUCAUCUAGCAACUCAGGUUUGGCAAGCCUAAUUUUGAUAGGCUUUGGGAGUAAUAUGACACGUGGACUUUUCUUCUCUUGUACCAAGCACAACAUCUGGAAAGCUUACAUUAAGCCCCAAGAAUAUGGGGAACUGUGAAUCAUGUGGCAGGUGCCUCUGGCCAGUUUUAGGCAGCUCCUGCAGGAUCUGUAGCAUUAUCUGCAGACUGGAAGAAAUGUCAGGAAGAGAUGAAGGGAAAGUCCACUUCCACUAGCCUAGGUACACACACCUAGAUCUGUAUCCAAGCCAUAGGUUAGAAAAGCCUUAUAGAGGUGUGCCUAUCAAGAGCAAGGCAAAGUCAGGGAUUCAAGCAGAGCAUGAAGGAAAAAUAAAAGCCUAAAAUUUGAGCGUCUUAUUGAAUGAGGGAUUUUUGUAGGCCCCAAUGUGUCCUGUGGGUAAUGGGAAAGCCAUGUGUAUUGUUGAAAGGGACGUUGUCCCCACAGAGAUGAGUUAUGGAUGUGUAUCAGACAAAAAUGAUUAGAACUUCUUCCUGUUCAACACUGAAAGAUGCUGAUCCAAAGAAAGGACAUACACAACUUUGAGUAUCAGGAGUAUUGAAGGGGCAGUUCUGAAUCAACAAAACAUGGGAGAAGUUGACAUCAAUCAUUUGAAGCAUGGCUGAUGUCAACUUCUGAAGGUCUUUAGAAGGACAGAGAAGGAGAGAAAAAGAGACUUUGUGAGCAAGCAGAGAAUGGCUGUAGACUUCAUUCCUCUUAAGGAUGGCAACACUAGCUGCAGAUGUAAGCUGACGUCUUCUUAGUGGGCUAUGCAAGUGUAAGUCCACUUGAUGGCUUCUUUUGGUUGUUGCAGAAGUUUAUAUUCUUUUCAACCUUUUGCAAUUACUAGAGUCCACUCUCCUACUGCUAAGCAUGUGUAACCCCUACCUCCCCAAGCUAUCUUGUGACUAGUGGAAAAUCGGCGUGGGGAGAAGCGUCUUGCUAUGUCUCCAUAGUCAAAUAUGAAAUGAUUAUCUCAUCUGUGGAGACCUGUGGCAAAUUUCCAUGGACCUUGGCAGAUGAUGUGUGCAUAGCCAGAUGCUUUUACAAACCCCCACUUUGUCCCAGCAAUCCUGGGGUGCUGAGGAAAGACCACAGUUGACCAACACUAAGUCAGAGGGUGUUGAAUGGCCAUCUGAAGUGUAUUGUGGAUGUAGAACUACUGUACUACACUGUGCCAUACAGGAUGCCAGCCAUAAACUGGUACAGAAGAAUCAAUAUUUAUUUUUUCUCAAGAAAAUGUUGCUUAGUUUACUUAGUUUACUUAGUUAUAAACAUUCAUUUCCAAAUGAAUAGUGUCCCUUUGCAAUUGUAGUGGGUUGGAAAAUCAAACUAGACUUUCCUAAGACUUUGAACAAGAGAAGGGUUUAGAUGGGAGAAGGGGCCCCAUUUGGCCCUACAGAGAUUCAGGUACAACACGCUGCAAUCCACAGGUGAAGGAUGAUCACAGCUGCAUUUUAACAGCAUCUGGAGGGGCGGGUAUGUGUUCCUCUCUGCUUUAGAUGCUAGAACCUGUGUAUGUUCUUAAAGGCACAUCAGUUGUUUUUCAGAAACCUUACCUGUAUGGAGCUUCAUAAUCCUGACUGAGGAAGAAGGAGAAUUAAAGAAAAGGUGCUGGCACAUUUUUUCUAGCGUAUUUUCUUCCUCCUGUAACCACUACAUGUAGAAAUAGAGAAACUAUUUUCUUUUUAGAAAUAAAUAAAAAUUAUUUAUUUUGUUGUAAGAGAUGUAAUUUCAAAAGAAACAAAUACUCUGUGUUGUAAAUAAAUCUAGACAUAGAAAUAUUGGUUCUCUCUACUUGUUCUGUACAAAUGAGUCUUAGCUCAGAAGUGAAUGGUGUGGAUAUGUAUUGUUUUGUUCUGUUUUAAAGUAACAGAGGCACCCUCUGCUUCGUAGCUCAUGUCUGUAAAAUGUUUGUCAGCGAUAUUCAUACUCUGACAAUCUGAAUUGUGCCUGUUGUUGACUUGUCUGUUCUUCACCAAAAAAGCCCAAUAAUAAUAAAAGCCACCCAUAUUUAUGUAA